CAAUCUUCCCCCUCGCAAGCCAAGCACCUGUGCGCCAACGAUGCGGAACCUCCACUGCGCUCUCGUCGUGCUCGCCGUCGCCGCCCACCUCCUGCCACCGGCGCUAUCGUUGCCUGCAAUGCCGGACCCGGCGUCACUCGAACCGUCGCUGCUCUUCCCGUCGUCCGCUGCCUCGCCGGCGCAGCCCGCCGCGGCGUCCACCACGAUCCCUGCCUUCCCGGAGCAGUCCGAGGCCGCCGCCGCCACCGCCGUCUGCCAGCUCACCCCGUCCCCACCGCUCCUCCCGGCCGUCCUCGCCUCCUGCAACGCCGGCGGUGGCGGCGGCUCGCUCCCGCCCCGGCUGCGGUGCUGCCCCGCGCUGGCCGCGUGGCUGUACGCCGCGUACGCGCCCACCGCGCUGCUGGCGGCACCAGGCGGCGGCGGCGGCGCGCCCUGGGCGGCGCACUCGACGGCGGAGGCCGCCGAGGCGGCGGCCGUCGUGGACCUGCCGGUGCUUCCGGACGACGCGGAGGAGUGCGCGGGCUCCGCGGAGCGCGCGCUGCUGGCGGCGGGGGCGUCGCUGCCGCCGCCGGCGCCGUCGCAGGUGGGCGGCAACGUGACGACGGCGUGCGACGUGCCGUUCUGCUACUGCCGGGUGAGGCUGAGGCGGCCGGCGUGCGCGGCGCCGGCGGGCAGGGCGGCGAGGAGGCUGGAGAGGGAGUGCUCGCGGCCGGGGCUCGCCGGCUGCUCCAGGUGUCUCCGGGCGCUGAACAAGCUGACGAACACGGCAGCCGGUCGGAACGCCACGUCAGCGGCCAACAGCAACAAGGCGAAGCACGUCCCCGGCGGCGGACACGAGCGCGACUGCCAGCUCAUGGGCCUGACGUGGCUGCUCCACCGGAACGCUACGCGGCACGGCGCGGCGGCCACGGCGGUGAUCCGGGCCCUCAUGGCCGCCGACGAGACGGGCGCCGGGCACGCCACGUGCUCGCUCCCCGCCGAAGACCUGCCGCUCGCCGUCGCCUCUUCGGAGAUCAGCGGUGCCUCCACCGUCGCCGCCGGCGAGCUCGGGCGCCUCCUACGCGUCGUGCUUGCUGCCGCUUUCGCUCUCGUGUUGCUGCCGCAGUAGCAGUACUAGAAUCUGAUCAGUAAAACUUAAUUACUGGUAGCUAGUUAAUCUAAUCCUUUUGUGUGAGAUCUGUGUCGAGCUUUUUCGUUAGUUCUUCAAAUUGUAGGAAUUUGCACACUUUGUUGAUGUAAUUAUGUGCUGUCCUGGAGCUAGCUAGAUAAUCUGACUGAUCAGUACCAUGCAUGCAUCUC